AGAAGAAGAAGACCUUAGCCGCCGCUAGCCACUGUUAGCCGGAGCUGAGACAGCGUGAUGUCCGCGGUCUCUAAGGUGGUCCUGGGAGUGUCCGUGGUUCUGACCGUGAGCACCGUGGCCGCGGUGCACCUCAAACAGGCCUGGGACAGAGAGCGCCUGCGUGAGGGCGUGGUCAGGGAUCUGGAACGGCUCGAGCGCAGGAAGGAGAACCUGCGGCUGCUGGAGGAGCAGCGGCUGCUGACCCGACAGCUGGCGGAGGAGAGACGAAACCGGGAGGCCAGGCUUCACCCACAGGACACCUGAAAAAGACUGCAGUGGUCACCUGCCCAGGUGUGCCGUACCUGAA